AGGUGCGUACUGCGGUUUUGUUUUUCGAAUAUGUAUCGCGAUUAUUGUUGGAACCAAAAUUUAGUGGAAAAUGUUGAAAAUAUCAACAUAAUAUCAUUAUUUUAAGGAACGGAAAAGGAAAGACAAAGCCAUGGAUGAUAUUCGUUUUGAAUGGCUGAGAGACAAGGUCUACCAUGCCUUAAACAUUACUGAUCCUGAAGUGUUUGAGGAGUUGAUGAACCGAGAUGACGGCGAAUACGAGAGAAGCCUUGCGAAAUUUCUUAAUGAAACUCCAGAAGAAGGAAGAUCAGCUGCUAUAUUUUACAAAAGAGUCCAACAAGAAGAAAGAGAAGUUGAGAUAGAAAUAGAACCUUCUGAGACAGAUGGCCUCCCUGAAAACAUUGAAGGUGAUGAAGGUUUGUUGGGUGCUACACCUGCUGAAGAGAUUCCACCUACCCCUGCAGAGCUGGUUGAAACCCCAACAGAAGAAAAGGGGAAAAAGAAAAAGAAAAAGAAAGGAAAGAGGAAUCAAUCGGCAAAGACAGAGGCCCAGCCAGAACCUGAGACUCCUCGUGAAGAGCCUAAGCCUCCUGAACCUGAGCCUGUCCAGGCAGCCGAGGGCGGAGAAGGUGAUCCUGAUGCACCAUCCCCAGAAAAACAACCUACAACAAAAAUCAUCAGGGAGACCUUCAUGCGCACAUUGCUGUACAUGUGCCAUGGGCAUGUACCUGAGCAGGUAGCAGAGGAAGACUGCAUUUACUUCAUCCGAAACACACCGGGAAUGGUAGACCUUCCCAACACCAUGGAUGAAGCACAGAGCAUGCUGCCAAAGUUCUUUGAAUACGGUAUCCUCAACGGUCACUCCUUAGUCAUGCUGGAACAGAUUAUUACCCAGGUGUACAUCCCCUUGCUAUCCUUUAGUGCUCACAAGAAUGGGGAUGCUCCAACAGAAGCAGAACAGAAAGCUGCUGCCCUGUCGUCAUCCUCAAAGGAUAGUCUUGGUAUCCAACCUGAUGAUUCAGAUGAAGAACAAGAAGAGGUAAAUGUGGCUGAACUUCAGAAACAUGCCCUCUUAAGAGAUGAUUUCCUCAUCAACAUGGAGAAGUUUGCCAAGCACAUCGAGCGUACUAUCCAACAGAUUGAAGGGGAGGUCCGACUUGACAUUCCGGACCUCCUAACCGAUGGAGACCCGACUGAGCUUGCCAAAGACGAUGUACUCAUACAUGAGAUUGAGAACACAACACUUGAAUGGACAAAACAGAUUGCUAGUGCUGUUGAGGUUCAGCUGAAAAAGACUCCUCAUGGUAAUGGCCCACUUGCUGAGAUUGAUUUCUGGCGCGAGCGGAAUGCAGCGUUGAGCGCUCUCAGUGAGCAGAUCAAGAUGCCAAAGGUCAAGAAAAUGCUAGACAUCCUGGCCAAGAAGGAUGCCAUGGGCGACCAUGCCAUCCUGCAGAGUUUUGAUCUCAACAGGGCAGAGCUGAACAAGUAUUACGUAGAGGCAAAGGACAAUGUCCGCUUCCUCAGCACCCUUGAGAGGCACUUCAAGAACUUAACGCAUGGUGCAGGGUUUCAGAUUGUCCUGGACACCAUCCCAUCCAUGAUGAAUGCCUUGCGAAUGGUUUGGAUUAUCUCAAGGCACUACAAUACAGAUGAGCGCAUGAUCCCCCUGAUGGAAAGAAUUGCCUGGGAACUGGCUGAACGAGUUGAGAAGGUCAUUAACAUCAGGACCAUAUUCAAGGAUUCCCCCGUGCAAGUGAAAGCCAAGACUGCAGAAGCCAAGAAGACUUUGGAGAUGUGGAAGGAAUGUUACCUAGAGGUCAGAGCCAAGAUUGAAGCUUCUGGACGUGAUGCCCGCUGGGAGUUUGACCGCAAGAAGCUCUUCGAGCGGACAGACUACAUGGCUACCAUCUGCCAGAAUAUCUAUGAUGUUGCACAGGUCCUAGAGGAAUUUUACAACAUCUUUGGACCUGAACUGAAGUCUGUUACCGGAGAUCCGCAGCGCAUUGAAGAUGUGCUUAAGAGAGUUGAUGGUCUGGUUGAACCUAUACAAGAUGUCAACUUUGAACCCUUUAGCUUGAAGCACCAGCUGCAAUGGCGCAAGGUCAUGGAAUGGUUCAACAAGGAGGUAGCCGCCAUAGAAGAUGAGGCUAAGCAUUUUAUUGACGAAUCCUUCAAGACGCUGCGGUCAGCAGAGGGCGCUUUUGACAUGCUGCUCAAGUUCAGGCACAUCCGUUCCCGGGAGGCAAUCAACUCACAGAUGAUGAAGAAGUUUAAUGACAUUCUCCUACAGUAUGGCAAAGAGGUUGACACAGUACAAGCUCUGUUCAAGCAGUAUCAGCACAAUCCACCCGUCUCCAAGAACCAACCCCCUGUAGCCGGAGCCAUUGCUUGGGAACGAUCCCUCUUCCAUCGCAUCAAACACACAAUCAUCAGGUUCCAGAGUAUGGAGGAUAUGCUCUCCAGUGAAUAUGGCAAAGCUGCAAGGACCAAGUACCUCGGUGUUGCCAGACAGAUGAAAGAAUAUGAGGAUAAGAAGUAUAAGGUGUGGCGUGAACAUGUCGAGGUGAUCCUACCUGGCUUACUUAAGCGCAAUCUCCUGACCAGACCUCAAGACCAGUUGCCUUCUGGAAAGACCCACGAACCCUCGGGUGGCGAUGAUGGUGAUGACACACACAGGUCACUGGGUCUUGGUACAGAUACCAAGUAUGUAGUAGACUUUGCUCCAGACCUAUCAGAGAUCAUCACUGAGACGAAGUACAUGGAGCAGUUGGGUUUCUCUAUCCCUGAGCUGGCUCGUAAUGUAGCCUUACAGGAAGACAAGUAUCUAAGAUGGAAGGAUGGACUGAAUCACAUGUUACAGAGAUACCAUGGUGUCAUUUCUUCCAUUGAUGCUGCUGAGACCCAACUCCUUGAUGAACAUCUGAAAGACCUUAGACGUACCCUCAAACCAGGACACAAGCGGCUCAACUGGAACUCACUCGGUAUCGCCGAUUAUAACACAAGAUGUGAACAGGCUAUAUCCAAGUUUGAGUCCUUGGUAAACCAAAUCCAGAAGAAUGCCAAGGACAUUGAUGCUCGUCUCCGAGCUAUGGAGCUAGCUGAACUGUUCAAGGGUCCUCCACCCCAGGUCAAAGAGGACAUCCUACCAAGUUGUAAGGAAUUCUAUGACCACAUUGAGAGAGAGAGGCUUCACAUGUACGAGACUCUGUCCAGGAAGUAUCGAGCCAUAGGUCCUUUGCUAACCAAGAUGGAAGGUUUGGUCGUCCAUACCAACACCGGGAAGUCUCCACGUCUUGCUGCAUACUAUGCUUUCUGGGAGAGGAGGGUCUAUGAAACUCUGACAAGGAUGGUGAUUAGGAAUCUGUCUGAGUUUAACCACGACUUGGUAACCAACAAGCCUCUGUUCCAGAUAGAAGCCAUGCUUUCUGCUCCUGAGAUCAUCCUAGCACCAGCUGCGAAUGAGAUCUAUAAACUCACCAUGCAGUGUGUUAGAGACCUGGUUGAAGGCACCAAAAACUUUGUCCGUUGGAUGCAUGGUACGUGCAUUGAGACCCCGCCCCAGAAUGUAGAUGGGGAGGAUGAGCCAUACAUCUUCAGUUUCUUCUCAGACAUCUCAGCAGAUCCUGCGGUCAUUGAGCUCGUCCAGACGUCCUCAACAUCCAUGCAGAAAUCACUGACCAAUCUCACCAAAUACCUCAACAGGUGGAAGCGAUAUAGGCCUCUGUGGAAGCUGGAUAAGACCAUAAUGCUGGAGAAGUUUGCUGUUAAGAAUCCAACCUGUGUUGCCUAUGAUGACAAGCUACAGUUCUACUCUAAUCUGGCCACCGAGGUUGGGAACCAGCCCAAGAUCAAGGAUGAGGAUUGCAUCCGCCUCCACAUGAAGCUCCUUGCUGAUACUGUCAGAGACCACGCCCGUAAGUGGGUGGAGUCCCUUGGGCAGCUUCUGCAGGAUGCAGUCAAGGAAGACCUGAUGGGCCUCAAGACUGAACUCACAGGCUUGGCUUCUGACCUGAAGAGGGCUCCCGACACGCUUGAGGACCUCAAGUUUGUCCUGCGCGUCAUCUCUGACAUCCGUGACAUGUCCCUGACCGUUGAGAUGCGCAUCGCCGAUAUCCUGGAGCGCUACCGCACCUUGUCCAUGUACAACCUCCCGGUGUCGGAGGAAGAGACGGAGACCUGUCAGAACAUCAAGCAGAUGUGGGAUGAUCUCUUCUUAGAGUCCAAACACGUGGACGCUAGUCUGGUGGUUGUCAAGAAAAAAUUCACCGAGAUCACUCAAGUGCAGAUAGGUGGCUUCAGCACUGAACUGAAUAGCUUCCAAAAACGCUUCAAGAUGAAUGGCCCUGGAGCAGUGGGCAAUGAUCUAGAUAAAGGUGUGGAACUGCUGGAGCAAUUUAAAAAAGAAAUGGCUACCUAUGAGAGAGACAGACAGGAGUUGGCCAAUGCUGAGAAGCUGUUUGAUCUGCCCAUCACCAUGUAUCCUGAACUGCUUCAAGUCCAGAAGGAAAUGUCUGGUCUUGAUAAGAUUUACGACAUCUACAAAUCUCAGAAGGCUGCUCGUGAAGAGUGGGCUCAGACUCUUUGGGCCAACCUGAAUGUGAACCACCUGGUUGAUGGUAUCGAGGGUUUCAUCAAGUCACUCAAGAAGCUCCCCCGUGACAUCAAGGGCUCCCGGACGGCUCAGAUGGUUGAAGGACGUAUGAAGGAGUUCAGGGAUUCCAUCCCACUCUUUGUGGACCUCAAGAAUGAAGCUCUGCGCGAUCGCCAUUGGAAGGAGUUGAUGAUCAAGACAGGACAGUCCUUUGACAUGAAUCCUGAUACCUUCACGCUGGAUAACCUCUUCGCCAUGGAGCUUCACAACUUCAAGGAAGUGAUUGCAGAUAUUGUCACCAGUGCUUCUAAAGAGUUGAGCAUUGAAAAGGGUAUCAAGGAAGUGACUGAAGUCUGGGAAGGCAUGAAGUUCAACGUCAUCAAGUACAUGAAGGGCACCCAGGAGCGCGGUCAUAUCGUGGGAGCCGUGGACGAGGUCAUGCAGAUCCUGGAUGAUAACUCCAUGAACCUUCAGAGUAUGUCUGCUUCACGCUUCAUCGGUCCGUUCCUCAACCAAGUCCAGACCUGGGAGAAGAGCCUGUCCCUGAUUGGAGAAGUCCUUGAGGUUUGGCUGGUAGUACAGCGUAAGUGGAUGUACCUGGAGAGUAUCUUCAUCGGUGGCGACAUCAGAUCACAGCUUCCAGAGGAGGCUAAGAAGUUUGAUGCCAUCGACAAGACCUUCAAGAAGAUCAUGCAUGAUACCGUGGCGAAUCCAAAGAUCAAGGAUGCCUGCCACGCCCCAAACCGUCUUCAGGAUCUUGAGAUGAUUAGCACCGGUCUGGAGAAGUGUCAGAAGAGUCUCAACGACUACCUAGACUCCAAGAGAAAUGCCUUCCCACGGUUCUUCUUCAUCUCUGACGAUGAGUUGCUGUCUAUCCUCGGAAGCAGUGAGCCUACCUGUGUGCAAGAACAUAUGAUAAAGAUGUUUGACAACAUUGCCUCGCUGAAAUUCCAAGAGGGUAACAACAAGGAGACGGUUGCCUUGGCGAUGGUAUCAGCAGAAGGAGAGAUGAUGAACUACAGACAGGUUGUAACAGCCGAAGGCAGGGUGGAGGACUGGAUGACGUGUGUCCUGGAAGAGAUGAGGAGAACCAAUCGACUCAUCACCAAAGAAGCCAUCUUUACUUACUGUGAAAGCAAAUCCAGGGUGGAAUGGAUGUUUCUGUACCAAGGUAUGGUUGUCCUGGCCACCAAUCAGGUCUGGUGGACGUGGGAGGUCGAAGAUGUCUUCCAGAAGGUCAGACAGGGUGACAAGGUUGCCAUGAAGACGUACGCCAAGAGGAUGCAUCAACAGAUCGAUGACCUUGUCGUCCAGGUCCGAUCACCUCUCUCAAAGAAUGAAAGGAAGAAGUUCAACACUGUUCUCAUCAUCGAUGUGCAUGCCAGAGACAUCAUCGAUGGAUUCGUGAGAGACAGUAUCCUUGAUGCCAAGGAAUUUGAAUGGGAGAGUCAGCUACGAUUCUACUGGGAUCGUGAGCCCGAUGAGCUCAACGUGCGUCAGUGCACGGGAACCUUUGGCUAUGGUUAUGAAUACAUGGGACUGAACGGUAGACUGGUGAUCACCCCUCUCACAGACAGAAUCUAUCUUACCCUCACUCAGGCCCUGUCUAUGCAACUUGGUGGUGCCCCAGCUGGUCCUGCCGGUACUGGUAAGACAGAGACUACCAAGGAUCUGGCCAAGGCUCUAGGUCUUCUCUGCGUCGUCACCAACUGUGGUGAGGGCAUGGAUUACAAGGCUGUUGGUAAGAUCUUCUCUGGUCUAGCCCAGUGCGGUGCCUGGGGUUGUUUUGAUGAGUUCAACCGUAUUGAUGUCUCUGUACUCUCCGUCAUCUCAUCUCAGAUUCAAACUAUUAGGAAUGCUCUCAUCCAUAACCUCAAGAGGUUCCAGUUUGAAGGAAUGGAGAUUGCAAUGGACAAUCGUAUGGGUAUCUUCAUCACCAUGAACCCUGGUUACGCUGGUCGCACUGAGCUUCCUGAGAGCGUGAAGGCCCUCUUCAGACCGGUGGUGGUUAUUGUUCCUGAUCUUCAGCAGAUCUGUGAGAUCAUGUUGUUCUCUGAAGGUUUCCUCAUGGCCAAGGUGCUAGCUAAGAAGAUGACUGUGCUGUACAAACUUGCCAAGGAGCAGCUUUCCAAGCAGUACCAUUAUGACUUUGGUUUGAGAGCUCUCAAGUCGGUCCUUGUCAUGGCUGGUGAACUCAAGAGAGGCUCUGCAGAAUUGCCAGAGGAUGUUGUGUUGAUGAGAGCCCUCCGUGACAUGAACCUUCCCAAGUUUGUCUUUGAGGAUGUUCCUCUGUUCUUGGGUCUCAUCUCUGAUCUCUUCCCCGGUCUAGACUGUCCUCGGGUCAGGUAUCCUAACUUCAAUGAUGCAGUGGAACAGGUCCUUGAGGAGAACAACUACAUCCUGCUUGAUCACCAGGUCGACAAGGUAGUCCAGAUGUAUGAGACCAUGCUGACCCGUCAUACCACUAUGGUGGUUGGGCCUACAGGAGGAGGCAAGACUGUGGUCAUCAACACCCUCUGUCAGUCUCAGACCAAGCUAGGAAUCCACACCAAACUGUACGUGAUGAACCCCAAGGCCAUGAGUGUGAUAGAACUCUAUGGUAUCCUGGACCCAGUCACCCGUGACUGGACCGACGGUCUCCUCUCCAACAUCUUCCGUGAGAUCAACAGACCCACGGACAAGAACGAGCGCAAGUAUAUCCUCUUUGAUGGUGACGUAGAUGCUCUUUGGGUGGAGAACAUGAACUCUGUGAUGGACGACAACAGGCUCCUGACACUUGCCAACGGAGAGAGAAUCCGCCUUCAGAAGCAUUGUGCUUUGCUCUUUGAGGUUUCCGACCUCCAGUACGCCUCCCCCGCUACCGUCUCCCGCUGUGGUAUGGUGUUUGUGGAUCCCAAGAACCUUGGCUAUCUUCCCUUCUGGCAGCGCUGGGUCAAUGCCCGUACUAACAAGGCAGAGCAGCAGGACCUGACCAGGCUGUUUGAGAAGUAUGUCCCUGGGUGUCUGGACAUGAUCCUGGAAGGUAUCACCGAUGGCAAACAAGGGGAGAAGCUCAAGAUGAUAGUCCCCCUCACUGCCCUCAACUUGGUGAACCAACUGAGCCGAAUGCUUGAUGCCCUCCUGGUCAAGGAACUUGGUGAAUCCGAUGUCCUGGAGUGUUACUUCCUGGAGGCGUUGUACUGGUCCCUUGGUGCAGCACUCCUUGAGGAUGGACGUAUCAAGUUUGAUAGCUACAUCAAGAAUGUUGCUUCUAUGCCAACUGUCUCUGAUGAGAGCGUGGAUGCUGGACCUGGGGAGUUACCCGGUGUGCUGGAUACGGUCUAUCAAUACUUCUUUGAUAAGCAAAAGAAUAAGUGGAUUGCCUGGUCCAAGGUUGUACCCAAGUACGUCCAUGACCCAGAGAAGCGUUUCAACGAGAUUCUUGUACCGACUGUGGACACUGUACGUAACACCUGGGUGUUGGAGCAGAUGCUGUCUGUCAAGCAACCGGUCCUGUUUGUCGGAGACACUGGUACUUCCAAAACAGCCACCAUCCAAGACUUCCUCAGGAAUCUUGAUCAAGACAGCCAUUUGAUCCUGUCCAUCAACUUCUCGUCUCGGACCACCUCCAUGGACGUCCAACGCAACCUGGAAGCCAACGUUGAGAAGCGUACCAAGGACACGUACGGACCGCCACCGGGCCGCCGUCUCCUGGUUUUCAUGGAUGACAUGAACAUGCCACAGGUGGACGAGUACGGUACCCAACAGCCCAUCGCUCUCCUCAAACUGCUCCUGGAGAAAGGGGGUAUGUACGACAGAGGAAAGGAUCUCAUCCUGAAGUACAUCAGGGACAUCGGUUUCUUGGCUUCUAUGGGAAAGGCUGGCGGAGGAAGGAACGAGGUCGAUCCUCGUUUCAUCUCUCUCUUCUGCUCUUUCAACAUUACCUUCCCUUCGGAGGAAACCCUGAAUCACAUCUAUUCAUCCAUCUUAGCCGGCCAUCUCCAACCUUUUGAUGAAAGCAUCCAGAAACUUGCCCCCAAGAUCACUCAGGCGACCCUUGACCUCUACAAGGUGAUUGUUGUGGAUCUGCCUCCUACCCCAUCCAAGUUCCAUUACAUCUUUAACCUUCGUGAUCUGUCUCGCGUCAGUCAGGGAAUGCUACUGACCACCCCUGAUCGUUUCUCAGAUGCAAAGAGUUUCAUCCGUGUGUGGCGUAAUGAAUGCCUCCGGGUGUUCUAUGAUCGUCUGAUCAACCAGCAUGACAAAGACCUUGUGCAGGGUAUGAUCAAGAAUAUUCUUGACGAGCAUUUCCGUGAACAUACUGAGAACGCCAUGCGUGAGCCACUCCUGUAUGGGGACUAUCGCACUGCGCUCGACGGUGGUGAAGCCAGACUCUACGAGGACAUACAAGAUUACGAUGCAGCUAAGGCACUCUUUCAAGAGAUUCUUGAAGAGUACAAUGACAGUAAUACCCCAAUGAAUCUGGUUCUCUUUGACGAUGCCCUUGACCAUUUGACCCGGGUUCAUAGGGUCAUCAGGAUGGAUCAAGGUCAUGCUCUUCUUGUUGGUGUCGGUGGGAGUGGUAAACAGAGUUUGACCAGACUGGCAUCCUUCACCGCCGGCUGUGAAGUCUUUGAGAUCACCCUGAGCAGGGGCUACGAUGAGAGCAACUUCAGGGAAGAUCUCAAGAUACUCUACAACAAACUUGGCAUUGAGAAUAAGAAAGUCUCAUUCCUCUUCACCGAUGCCCAUGUCGCACAAGAAGGUUUCCUCGAGCUUAUUAACAACAUGUUGACAUCCGGCAUGGUGCCAGCUCUGUUUGCUGAUGAUGAAAAAGAGGCCAUAGUUGGACAGAUGCGAGAUGAAGCGACUAAGCAGGGUGUACCGCCCAUCAGGGAAGCCAUCUGGCAGUACUUCAUCACCAAGAGCAUCAACAACCUUCAUGUGGUCCUAGCCAUGUCUCCUGUAGGGGACACCCUGCGCACCCGCUGUAGGAACUUCCCUGGUCUGGUCAAUAACUGCAGCAUUGAUUGGUUCAUGGCAUGGCCCAAGCAGGCCUUGGAAGCGGUAGCCACUGUUUUCCUUGGACAUGAAGAUGUUAAGAGCAUUCCAGAUGACAAGCGUACCAGUGUAGUAGACCACGUUGUGUUUGUACACCAGUCUGUCAGCGACUACAGCACACAGUUUGCACUAAAGCUGCGUAGGAACAACUACGUGACACCCAAGAACUACCUUGACUUCAUCAAUACAUACCUCAAGCUGCUUGAUGAGAAAGAUGAAUAUAUCCUUUCUCAGUGUAAGCGUCUUGAGGGUGGUAUGGCCAAGCUUGUAGAGGCCAGCGUCCAGCUGAACGAACUCAACGAGAAGCUGGCUGUUCAGAAGGUAGUCUUGAAGGAAAAGAAUGAUGCUUGUGAGAUUCUCCUGGAGGAAAUCACAACCCGUACUGCUCAAGCCACUGAAAAGAAGACAUUCGCUGUGGCAAAGGGAAAGGAUAUUGAGGAGCAGAGUGUUGUUAUCAAAGUGGAAAAGGCUGAAGCUGAAGAGGCUUUGGCUGAAGCCAUGCCAGCGCUGGAGGCUGCAAGAGAAGCACUGUCGGAUCUCGAUAAAUCAUCCGUUACUGAGAUCAGGGCCUUUGCUAAACCUCCAAAAGCUGUACAGAUGGUGUGUGAGUGUAUAGUGGUGCUCCGUGGAAUCCGUGAAGUCUCCUGGAAGUCAGCCAAGGGGAUGAUGGCUGAGGGGAACUUCCUCAAGUCACUUCAGGAGUUAGAUGUUGACGGUAUCUCACAGACACAGGUGAAGACUGUUAGGAAUUUCUUAAAGGAUCUUGACACCACAUAUGAAGACAUGAAGACUAUCUCCUUUGCCGGUGCAGGUCUCUUCAAGUUCGUCACUGCUGUUCUUGGUUAUUGCUCUGUAGCAAGAGAAAUCAAACCCAAAAGAGAAAAGGUGGCCAAACUGGAGAAGACAUUCUUCCAGGCCAAGAGAGACCUGGAUCGAAUCAAUGCCGAGGUGAACUCCCUGGAGCAGGAACUCAAGGAUCUCGGUCAGAAGUACGAGAAUGCCAUGUCGGAGAAGAAGACCCUCCAGGAAGAAGCAGAGAUCAUGGAGAGACGUCUCAUUGCUGCUGAUAAACUCAUCUCUGGUCUGGGCUCGGAAAAUGUCAGAUGGACCAAGGAUCUGGAGGAGUUGCGCCAGCGUCGCAUCCGUCUCCUGGGUGACUGCUUGGUGUCCUCGGCCUUCCUGAGCUACGUUGGCGCGUUCACGUGGGACUUCCGUGAUAAGAUGGUAUACAAUGAUUGGCAGGAGGAUAUCAAGGAGAGGGAGAUCCCCAUCAGUGACCCGUUCAAGGUGGAGAACCUCCUGACCGAUGAUGUCGAGAUCAGCAAAUGGGGAUCAGAAGGUUUACCUCCUGAUGAGUUGUCUAUUCAGAAUGGUAUCCUGACUACAAGAGCUAGUCGUUUCCCUCUGUGUAUUGAUCCUCAACAGCAAGCUCUUAACUGGAUCAAGAAGAAAGAGGAACCCAAUAAUCUCAAGGUGUGUACUUUUAACGAUCCAGACUUCUUGAAACAACUUGAGCUGGCCAUCAAAUAUGGCUUCCCAUUCCUCUUCCAAGAUGUAGAUGAGUAUAUCGAUCCUGUCAUUGACAAUGUCCUUGAGAAAAACAUUAAAGGUGCUGCUGGUAGGGAGUUCAUCAUGCUUGGAGACAAAGAGGUUGAUUACGAUCCAAACUUCCGUCUCUACCUGGACACCAAGCUAUCAAACCCUAAGUACACACCAGCAGUCUUUGGCAAGGCUAUGGUUAUCAACUAUACUGUGACUCUCAAAGGUCUAGAAGAUCAGUUACUCAGUGUGAUUGUUGGUUUUGAGCGUAAGGAGCUUGAGGAGCAGAGAGAACGUCUGAUCCAGGAGACUAGCGAUAACAAACGUCUCCUGAAAGAUCUUGAAGACUCCCUGCUCAGAGAGUUGGCAACAUCCACUGGUAACAUGUUGGACAAUGUGGAGCUGGUAUCUACUCUCGAGGAGACCAAGUCUAAGGCUUCGGAAGUUACAGAGAAGCUGAAGCUGGCUGCCACCACAGCCGUCGACAUUGACAAGCUUCGUGACGGCUACCGUCCUGCAGCCAAGCGAGGAGCCAUCCUCUUCUUUGUCCUGUCCGAGAUGGCCCUGAUCAACAGCAUGUACCAGUACUCACUGGCUGCUUUCCUGGAAGUCUUCCAGCUCUCGCUCAAGAAGAGUCUCCCGGACUCCAUCCUCGUGAAACGACUCCGCAACAUCAUGGAUACCCUCACGCAUAACAUCUACAACUACGCAUGCACAGGAUUGUUCGAGAAACACAAGCUUCUCUUCUCCUUCCAAAUGACCAUCAAGCUGGAACAAUCGGAGGACAACUUGCCCCAGGAGGAGCUGGAUUUCUUCAUUAAGGGCAACCUGUCUCUGGAGAAGAACCGUCGUGGUCGACCUCAUAAGUGGAUUCCGGAGCAGGGUUGGGAAGAUGUAAUGAAACUGACAGAGCUUGCUGAUGUCUUCCACACUCUACCGGAUGAUCUGGAGAAGAAUGAGAAAAUCUGGAAAGAGUGGUAUGACCAAGAUGCCCCAGAGCAAGUGGCCUUCCCUAUGAAAUACAAGGAUGGUCUUAACGAGUUCCAACGCCUCCUUCUGCUGCGUUGCUUCCGUGUGGACCGUGUCUACCGUGCCAUCACUGAUUUUGUCACGUCUCGUAUGGGUGAGAAGUACGUCACUCCUCCUGUGAUCAGCUUUGAGGCCAUCUUUGAGCAGAGUUCUCCGCUGUCUCCCAUCGUCUUCAUCCUGAGUCCUGGUUCAGAUCCUGCUAGUGAUCUUACCAAGCUGGCUGAGAGGUCUGGCUUUGGGGGUAACAAGCUGAAGUUCCUUUCUAUGGGUCAAGGUCAGGAGAAGGUUGCCCUUCAACUACUUGAGACAGCCAUAGCCAGAGGACAGUGGCUGAUGUUGCAGAACUGUCACUUGUUGGCCAAGUGGCUCCGUGAUCUGGAGAAGGCUCUCGAGAGGAUUGUCAAACCUCAUCCUGACUUCAGACUCUGGCUUACUACUGACCCUACCCCAGCUUUCCCCAUCGGAAUCCUACAGAGGUCAUUUAAGGUUGUAACUGAACCUCCCAACGGUCUCAAGCUGAACCUACGUAGCACCUACCACAAGAUCUCAGCCCAGGUCCUUGAGGACUGUCCUCACGAAGCCUUCAAACCUUUGGUCUUUGUCCUAGCCUUCUUCCAUGCCGUGGUCCAGGAGAGGCGCAAGUAUGGCAAGAUUGGCUGGAACGUCCCCUAUGAUUUCAACGAAUCUGAUUUCCGGGUGUGUCAGGAGAUCCUUGGAACGUACCUGACCAAAGCCUUUGAGCAAGGAGACACCAAGAUCCCAUGGAACAGCUUGAAGUACCUGAUUGGAGAGGUUAUGUAUGGUGGUCGAGCCAUUGAUAACUUUGACCGACGUAUCCUGAACACCUAUAUGGAUGAAUACAUGGGAGACUUCAUCUUUGAUACAUUCCAACCGUUCCAUUUCUAUUGUAAUGAGUCGGUAGAUUACUGCAUUCCAGAGUAUGGACCAAAGGAUAAUUAUACACAGCUGAUUGAAGGCCUGCCCCUAGCAAACACUCCAGAAGUAUUUGGUCUACAUCCCAAUGCUGAGAUUAACUACUACACACAGGCUGCUAGAGAUAUGUGGUCACAGCUAGUUGAACUACAACCACAAACAGGUGACUCUGGUCAAGGCAUCAGUCGUGAUGACUUCAUUGCUGGCAUUGCAUCUGACAUCCAGAACAAGCUACCCCAGCAAUUUGACCUUGAUAAGAUCCGUAAGAAGUAUGGUCUUGACAUCACACCUACAACUGUUGUACUCCUGCAAGAGCUGGAGAGGUUUAACCGAUUGAUAGCCAGGAUGGCUCGCUCAUUGGCAGAACUCCAGAGAGCUUUGAAGGGAGAGGUCGGUAUGAGCAACGAGCUUGAUAACGUAGCUAGAGCUCUCUUCAACGGUCAGAUCCCUCAUAUCUGGAGACGCUUAGCCCCAGACACCCUCAAGGCACUCGGAAACUGGAUGCUACACUUCCAGCGACGCUUCAACCAGUACACCACAUGGGUGAAUGAAGCUGAGCCCCCAGUCAUGUGGCUCAGUGGUCUACACAUCCCAGAGUCCUAUCUGACUGCAUUGGUUCAAGCCACAUGUCGCAAGAACGGGUGGCCACUCGACAAGUCAACUCUGUAUACGUCUGUGACUCACUAUGUCACCCCGGAUGAGGUCACAGAAAGAGCACAUUCAGGUUGCUUUGUGACUGGACUUUACCUGGAGGGUGCAGCCUGGGACGUGGAUAAUGCAUGUCUAAUGAGACCGCGCCCCAAGGUUCUCAUUCAAGAACUACCCAUCCUCAAGGUGAUUCCCAUUGAAGCACACAGACUCAAACUACAGAACACAUUCCGAACACCAGUGUACACCACAUCCCAGCGCCGUAAUGCCAUGGGUGUAGGGUUGGUGUUUGAGGCUGAUCUGGCUACUACCGAGCACAUUUCACAUUGGGUGUUACAAGGUGUUUGUCUGGUGCUUAACACUGAUUAGACUUAACACUACUCUCUAAACACCCGUGAAUGGUCCAUGCAGGGAGAUGCCAAAGACUUGCAACUGAACUUUGAUGAAGAUUAAUAACAUUGUCUGAAUACCAUUUAUUGAUUUCAGAUGUAUAAAGAUGUGUGCUGUUUACUUAUUAGGAUAAGUGCCAAUGUCUAAACAAUUAUGACUGAUCACAUAGUACAACAGUUAUGGUAAUGCCUUAUG